AUGCGGGAGGCGAGCGCGCAGGUGGCUUCGAGCGAGGACUCGAACUCGAACUCCGUGUCCAGCUCCAGCGCCGGGUCCACGGGUGGAGGCGGCAGCGGCGGGGCGAGCGCGGGCGCGGAGUGGUUCCUGAGCGCCCGGAUGGCGUGCGCACGCGCGUGGCCGGCAGGGGAGGAGGAGGAAGCGCGGUGUGCGACGACGGCGCUCCAGCGGCCGCUCAGGGGCCCCGGCUGGUGCUGCAGCAACACCGACGGCAACGGCUUCUUCGGCGACGCCUUAUUCGACCCGGACGUCUGGGUGGACGGCCUCACCAAGAUGGCCACCAUGUUCGCCGCCGUCCCCAACGUCGUCGGCAUGAGCCUUCGGAACGAGCUCAGGGGGGCCAGGCAGAACGCGAACGACUGGUACAAUGCAAGUAGAACACUGGAUAAUCCUGGUUUUACUGUACUAGCUCCUCUGUCAUGGGUGUUAAUACCUGUAAAUGAACGACCUGGCCUUCCUCAACUCGCGGCCGGUGAACCUCAGCUUCACCGGGAAUGUGGCGUUCGAGGUGCACUGGGUCCAGGCGCUCAGGCGGAGGCGGCGCCGUACACCGUGCUGUUCCACCCGGUGUCCGGGAUGUGCGUGGUGGUGCGCCGCCGGUUGCCGACGCUGACGCAGCCCCUUGAGCUGGGCCUGGGCCCCUGCAACGAGACGGAGGCGUGGGAGUACAGCGCGCAGCAGCAGCGGCUGGCGCUGCGGGGCACCGCGCUGCUGUGCCUCCGCACCGAGGGCGCCGGUAGGCCCGUGACCCUCGGCGUGAGCUGCGGCGACGCGAUGGCGAAGUGGAGCCUCGUGUCUGACUCCAAGCUGCACGUCGCCGUCAACGCGACGUCGUUGGCCGGGAGCGACGGCAUGCUCUGCCUGGACGUGGGCGCGGACGGCCGGAGCGUGGUGACCAACCCGUGCCGGUGCCUGAGAUUGGACAACAGCUGCGACCCGCAGGGGCAGUGGUUCAAGCUCGUGAGCAGCACCAGGAGCGUGGCCACCAAGCAGACCAUGCUCGCGCAGCUGCCGCCCCUGCUCUGUUUCCCCGCUCCGCUCUCGCUCUCUCACACGUUGAACUCGCUGAGGAGAGGGAGGGGGAUGACAGGUGGUCCCAACCUGACGGUGAGAGGGAAAGGCCUGACAGGCGGGGUUGUGGCGGGUUGA